AUGUUUACUAGAAAUCUUCUGACAAUAAGUAGAAGUUCUCGAUUACUUUUUAGCAGAUUUAAUUCAACCACUGCAAAACAAUAUGUUCGUACUAAACCAAAAUUCUUUGAUUUAUUGAAUACUCCAACAACCAAAUCAUUGAUUUGGACAUUAAUAACAACAUCUAUAAUUGUUGAUAUGAUAAAUAGUAGGAAAAAUUUAGAAACUUUAUCAAAAUCAUAUAAUUUGAAAUUUGAAAUAUUAGAAGAUUUAAUUGCUAAAUUAGAAAGAAAUGAAAAAGUUGAUAUUGCUCAAGAAUUAAAAUUGGCUAAUUCAUUUACUGAAAAUAAAUACAAUUCAAGAACAGAUGUUGAAGUUGAUGAACAAUUAGAUCAGUUCUUGAAACAAGUAGCAGAUGAAGUUGAAAAAGAAGACCAACAAGUUCAACAAGAACAAGCUCCUGUGAUUAAAGAACCAGUAGUGAUUGCUACUCAAUUGAAUGAUCCAAAACCAAAGAAAUCAUUCUAUUAG